AUGCCCAAGUGUUUCAUUAACUCCGUGCGGCCUUGGAAGGCUAGUUUCAUACAUGAAUUCGGUAAUAAUUCGCAAGAAACAAUUCGUAUAACAAAACCGUUUAAUAUAAAACGUCAAAAGAAUCUUCUCAAGAAUAACGAAACUGUAUACCACGACAAAGUGCCCAUAUCUACUCGUUUCUAUCUACAAUUAUUAAAAAAAAGUCAAUUUCUUAAAAAUUUUACUGAAACUGAAAUCUACGAAUAUGCUUCUGAAAGCGAAAAGCCAAUAAAUUCUCCAGAACCGCCGAAAAAUAAAAGUCAUAUUAAAAAAGAUGUGGAGAAGACAACUUACAACUUACGUUCCAGUGAAGGUAAAACGAAACGCAAAGUAUACGAAAAACCUCGUACUCGGAGAAAUAAAGUACAAGAGAAAGCUGAAAACGAUGACUUAAAGGUUCUGGAAAAAAAACGGAAAAACCGAAAAGAGCCUUUGGCGCCAAUAAUUGAGGAAAUAAAAAGCCGAGAACCGUUAAAAACGGUAAAAGGAAUAGAAAUAGAUAAAAUAGCAGAGAAAUUAAAAAGUUUGGUGAAGAAUAAUACUGACGAUGCUAAGGAUUUACUAAAUUGUAAGGAAACUUUUGACAAGGAAAAUAUUGAAGGCGAUGAUGAACCUAUAUAUGAAGUAAAGAAAGAAGGCUCUUGGCACGCGUGCUCCUACUGUGGCAAGCGAUUCGACCGUCCAUGGGUGCUCAAAGGGCAUCUCCGCUUGCACACUGGAGAACGACCCUUUGCGUGUCCACAUUCACAUUGCACUAGGACUUUUGCCGACCGAUCGAACCUACGCGCUCACCAACGCACCCGUGGCCAUCAUUCGUGGCAAUGGCGAUGCGCUGAGUGUGGCAAGGCCUUUAGCCAACGAAGAUAUUUGGAAAGACACCGCACGGAUGCAUGUCGUAAAUAUAAAAUGCACACUCGCAAUGCAACUAAGACGGAGCCGCAAAACCUUAGUCAAGAUUCCGACAUCAAUCCAAUUAAUAACGCACACACUCAACAUAUUAUUCCUUUAUUCGGUACAGUCACCCCUAAAGUCUUAAUAGAGAGACCAGAAUCAAAACCUAUAGACCCCAAGCCUGUUGAAAUUACUACAGACGACAGGGUUCUAAGUUUAAAAUCAGAAUAUAAGACUAUCAGCCUUCAAGGGCUGUUGACAGAAAAAUGUAUGGACGGCUUUGAGGAGCCCAUAGAUUUAUCUAUAGGAAAAAGAACAGAGAUUAAGUAA